GUCAUAGGUAUCCUGUGCCACAUGUUGAUUUUCAUCUGAGAGAUCUAGCUGUUUACUAGGGUAGACCGUCACUGUUAUUUUAUUUCAUAAGCUAUGUGUAUUUUAUUACCAAAAGUAGUCAGGACAAAGCUGGUGUCUAGUCUGAUGUUCCAGUCGUUUACUUUGAAGGUCGAUCUAGAUGUUUAUGUUAACGCCAGUGUUUACUCCUGACUGUUAUUUUGAAGACGAAGUAUGGGGAUUUGGAAGUCGGAACUAGGCCAGUGACGUCUGAGCUCCUGGACCAUGGCUUCGAGCCCACCAGACGCUGUUACCGGCUGUGUAUUAGAAUGUUUCGCUGCUGUCAAGCAGCAGUUCUGCAAGCUGGUUUAGCGGGGCCUGGCUUGGUCACCCCAAGAUGUCACGGAGCAGAGGGGCAGCCAGAGUUCUCCCGGGCCUGGAUAGGAGGGUUCAUCCAGGAGAGACCUGAACCCCUUCCUGGAGGAUGCUCUGCUAUAGGGAUACCUGAGGAGACACCUGCCCAGUGAGACCUGUGUGUGUUUGGGGAGCAGUUGGUGCUUGGGUCGGGUUGGGAGUGAGGUCGGUUGGUGACCAAUGAUCCCUGGGGUUGCCAUGUCGAACGCAUCGUCACCUCCCCCGCCUGGCUACACAUGAAGGACCUAUCAGCACAGGAGGGGCUGGUCGCCAUCAGAUACGAGAGGACAUACGUGGAGUGGUGUUGGGAGAUACCUGACCCUUACACACCCUGAAACCUCACUUAUUAACCCAUCUUUUCCCAAUCCUGUCCUGUGGACCCCAAGGGGUGAACAUUUAGGUUUUUGUCCUCGCACUACACACCUGAUUCCACUUAUCAACUCCUCAUCAAACCUUUAUGGAAUCAGGUAUGCAAUGCUAGGACAAAAACAAACAUGCGUACCCAUUUGGGUCCUCAGGACAAGGAUGAAGAAAUGCUGCCCUCACUUGACGGUCACCAACACAGAGAAUAUAAAAACAGUAACCUCGUGUAUACCAGAUGUGUAAGCUGUACCUGUACUCUCCCUCCUGGUCUCUACGCCUGUCCUCUGGCAAUGACUGAUGGAGCUGCCAAGGUUAUACAGGGCUACAUCGAGGAUACAGGACUACCUGCAAUUCUCAGAGGUGCUCAGGUGUUGAGUAUCUGGGAGGGGACCACUAAUAUUCUGUCUUUGGAUGUGCGUCUCUCGGAGCUCAGGCCUACGUCACACACAUCCAGACCUUCCUGGCAGCAGCCUUCCUUUCCUGUCUGUGAGAUCAGUAGACCGCACCUUCUCUGGUCUGAGAAAGUUUGUGCAGGCCUCAGCUCUCAAACCACCUGGCAUCACGAGACUGGCCAUACAGCCUGGCAUGCAUCUAUAUGGCACACAAAGAAGAGAGUGAAAGUGUACUGCUACAAAGCAGCAAGCAGGAACUCUGUGGAAUACCAGAAGGCCAGGGGUAAAUGUUUUGGAAGCCUUACCUUUUUGUUCAACCAGUUUGAAUACAAAAGAAGCCAUCCACACUUAAUGGGCUAUCAGCAGAACAAUAGCAUCUUAGAGAGCAUGUGAGAGGACUUGAGCUAAAUGACAGCAAUGCUGACAAAGAUAUAUCAGUUCUUCCUCUUUAUAUUAGAUUAAUUCGAUCCCAAAUGUAAUCAACUGUUUAAGAAUGUAAUUUUAAUCUAAUUACAAUCCUGGCUGAUUACAGUUACUUCAUAUUUGUAAUCUGUCUGUAUCUGUGACUGUGUUUGCUGUGCUGUGAGCAGGACUUGUGUUCAGUAAAGGGGGCCAUAGGAGACUUUGCCCCUGGACACUGAGCCUACGAAAAGUCAAUAAGGAAGUCUGCCAUGCAGCCAGGGUCUUUGCCAAUUUCAGAAUGUGGUAUGUGAAUGUUUUUUUCAUACAAGUGUCUUUAUGUAUUUGUACCUUGUAAUUAUCCAUUAUGUAUGAGUGCAUGCUAUGUCCUGACCUGUUGAAGAAUAAAGACUUUCUGAUGAAGACAUGAAUCACCA